CGUGCGCUAUGCCGUUGUGUCCUCAUUGCGACAGUCAAACGUUUGAUGUGACCGACGGCUUGUUCUUCUGUAGUCAGUGCGGCACGCAGUCGCAGGACGUGCGACAAGAAGAAGACUACAAUUAUGGACUGACCACGUUGUCUGUAGGUCGUUCAUCUCGAUUUGCCUCAAAGAAAUCUAAAAAACAUACCAAAAAUGAGACGAAGCGUUGUACUGUGUGGGAGUGGAAUGAAGCAUUUCAGUGGCUCUUGAAGAAGCAGGUCGAGGCUCUUAUAGGCAUGGGUUUCGAUAGGAAACUAAAGGAAGCUGUCGCUCAGCUGUGGUUUGCUUAUCUUCGCAAGCUGAACAUUGCCUUCACAGACAGCCCAGAGACCGAAGUACGACGACUGUUUGCCAACAUUUCAAAGAAGAAGUUGAGUGAGCAUCAGGAGAGACUCACUCGAAGAGCACAUCGGAAAUCAAAGAUAACAAGUCUAUCUCAAUCCGCGUUGUAUUCAGACAGCAGCGACGAAGAAACGACAUCACAGCAAACGACACAACCAGCAAAGAAACCUCGAGUUACAUUUAGUGAUGCUGUCAAACAGUCUGAUGCCUCAUCUCAAAAGAAGCAACCGUGUAGUUCUUCUGAGUCCGAAGUCUCCGAUAGAGAACCGUUGACUCCAUAUGAAUGUUCAGACACAGAAUGCCCAUCGGGGGACGAUGCAGCAGUAGAUAUGGAGAUUCCAGUGGCGUUGCGCGAUGCCAUGAAGGACGGCUUGAACAAAACAUACAAAGUCUUUGGUUGUAAUCGUUCAGAAUUGUAUGCGAUGUGUGCCGAUGUUCCUGUUGUUGUUUGCUAUGUGGCCUUGCUGAGUCUAGGACAGACGGUCGUCGAGAUUGAUAUCGUGCGAUGGUUACGGUCGCAGAAACUUCCUUAUCUUGAUAUGAUGUCGUGCCUGCCACAGCACAUGCAAGUAUCUGUGCGUGGAGUGGCUGCUGUUUUUAAGCCUUAUGUAGCAUUGGAGCCUGUGGAUUUGGGGAGAGCCGUCAAGCGGUUGAUUCUUGGGUUGAAUGUACCGCGUUCUUGUUUUCCGUCUGUUGAUUGUGAAGCCGUCUGUCACCGAUUUGCCUCAGAACUGCUUUUGCCAGAGCACGUUCGUAACAUCAUAAGUGGCUUGUUACGAAUUCACACUCCUGACUGUAUCUUGCCGUUCUUCUAUUCCAUUGGCAGUCUGGACUCUACUGGCGUCGGUGGGAUGUGCAUGGCGGUUGUUGUUAUGGCGAUGAGGAUGUGCUACGGUCUCGACGGAGAGCGGGAAUUCAAAUGUCCAUCGCAAGUAGAUCUCGAUUUGGCAUGGUGCGAGUGGCUGCAACUGUAUUCGCAGCAUCUAGUUAAACAGCAUAGACUCUCAAGUCCAACCAACAUUCUUGGCUUGGCUAAAGACUGUCGAUUGUACUUGACGGCAUGGGACUAUCGAAUACCAAAGCGACCACGUGGGAUUGCAGAUAAUGCAGCAAAACGUGUACCUCGUUGUGCUGAGAUUUUUCGAAAGCUCAGUGAGGUAUGUAAACCUCAGCGUACCGAGAAGGAACAAGAUGCAACAUGCAGAUCUGAAAUGAAAAGAAAUUUGAAGCCCGACGUUGAUCCUCCAGCAAGUCGAUAUCAUCAACUCAGAUUACAGAGGGUAGCCAUUCAUCCGGGCUGCAAAGACAUUGCCGACUCUUACCGUCUAUUUCUCAGCAUCUGCGCAAGCCUAAUCGAAAUCAGGAAAGAGGCUCUUCAUUCUGACGUUGCUGUGCAAGAACAGUUGUACAUCACACACUUUGAAAAUGAUCCGAAGCUGAAGAGAAAACGUUUCCGAUCGGAAUCGUUUACAUAUUCGUUUUCUUGACCUGAGUGCAUCUGCUAUUACAGCAGCAGCAUCUGGAUUGAGGAUUAACAUUGAUGUUGACGUGUUUAUUGAUCAGCCAGCUAUGAAAGUUGUGCAUCUGCUGCUAUAUACAGUAGUACACUAGACUAUUGUAUUGGAGGGAUGCAUACACUAGACUAUUGUAUUGGAGGGAUGCAUACACUAGACUAUUGUAUUGGAGUGAUGCAUCUCACAAUACAUUAGACUAUUGUAUUGGAGGGAUGCAUCUCACAAUACACUAGACUAUUGUAUACCUGGCCACAUGGUCAAUGAUUCUUAUAAUGCUUGUAAUCUGCAAGACGACUACCGUACAAGGCACUGAUAGCGAGAGUUCUAUCGAUGAUUGUAAACCUAUCUAUAGACGAAAUUAAAGAAAGCAAUUGGAGUGAGAGGAUAACAGCGAGUACAGAGGCUUUGUCUACACGAAGAGCAUGAAAAUGUUGUAAGCUGGUGCUGUAGUGAUUUAUGUAUCAAAUGAUCCUCAGAUAUCAGGCACUUGAAAUCACAUGUUGUACUGAUAGUUUUUUCGUUGUUAGAUGUAUUGGUAUUACGAUGUGAGUUAGAGUAAAUGUCAGGUGCAUUCAUUGUAUGA